AAUAAGCCCGCAUUCGAAACGGCGUCCUCCGUAGAAAUAUCACGCGACGAAUUAUAAAAGAAGCCAUUCAAUGCCUUGUCUUCAUUCAGAAUUUUCUCUCGUUUGACUAACGAGUCAAUCUACCGUUUACAGCUUUUGUAUAUUCUUCUAGAAUUAGCUGAUCUAAGUUUACCAAAAAGUUUUGUAACAUUUUCUUCGAGUCCAACUGUGCGAUAUUUACAUUGAAGAAACUCGCCUGCCCAGAUGUCUUGGAAUUUAUCCCACAAACAAGACAAAACUCGUCUUUGCUGUGUUUGCUGUUCAAUCUUUUUAGUGACGUUUUAGGUGAUUGAAAUUGAACAGUUUUUUUUUUUAAGAGUUUGAUUUAUAAUUUGCGACAAAAAUUAGCAUAUUGACGGCUUUCGCGCGAUGGUACGGGUUUUGGCACGUCAUGCGGUCGCUUAGAAACGUUCACGCAUGCGCAACGAAAACAGUUUCGACCCAUGGCAGAGGUCUCUUUUCCUUGCGAACGCCAGCCCAGCGAAAUACAGAGAAAAGAGGCCUCUGCUAGCAGGGAAGGUAAUCUAAAUUCAGAAUAUCUGAUUUUAUCUGAAAGCUUUUUUCUUCAAUCCAGGAAUCCUAUCGCGCCAAGUAGAGUAAGAAAAAAAAAAUGUAAUAAAAAGCAGUUUUCAAGAAAGAGGUGGUUUCAGUUAUUUACUGCAGAUUACCUGAAGCAUUGCUCUAGACAUGACCUUUCGCUUUAAGAAAUUCUUUCGCCGGUGUUUGUGCUAUCCAUUACACACUUUGCAUGAUAUGUGACCCUAUUCGCCGUGACGCCAAGACGAAAUGAUGCUUGAGCUACGACGGGAAAAGGUCCCACCGGAGUCUCUAUUGCUUGAGCUCCGCCAUGGCUUUUAUCAAAGCGCGAGCCGUUUGUUAAUUGAAUAACUUCAUUAGCAUAUAAACAACUAGUUCGGAAAGGAAUUAAGUUAUCAAGGAACGCAAGAACUUUUGAGAAAAAUCAGGAGAGAGCAGUGAGUGGUGACAAACUGAGCCGACAACAUAUAAUAUGACUACAGUGAGAAGUUCAUCUGGCCCAAGUCACAGCACCCCGACAAUCACAAUAACUCCACCUGUUAGACAAGUCAAGGUAUUACCUUGGAUACGAGAAACUGUCCAAGCAGAUAAGGCCACAGAGACAACUAAAUCAACAGAUAUACGACACGGAGAUAUGAGAGCUACAGAAACAGCUCAACCAUCAGACAUAGGAAAGCAAUCAAGCUUACGACACGACGUUAUGAGAGCUACAGAAACAGCUAAGCCAUCAGACAUAGGAAAGCAAUCAAGCUUACGACACGACGUUAUGAGAGCUACAGAAACAGCUAAGCCAUCAAAUGACCCCGAAGAGAUUGCCUCUACCCCCCACUCUAAAAGCGUGAUAUACGAGGACGCGACAAACCGAGAGACAGGGUCACAGGACGACAUACGACAACAAUUGGCAUGCGGGAUAUGUCACGCACUCUUGCGUGACGCGCGUGUAUUGCCGUGCCUACACACGUACUGCCGGCGAUGCAUCGAGGACAUUAUCCUACACCGACAGUCAGUGCGCGCCCACUGUCCCUCCUGCAAUAGGGAGAUACCGCUGGACAGUUACCGCACGGCAAAGGAGCUACCGCGUGACGCCGUGGCGAUUGCGUUACAGGACGAGCUGGCUCUGCGUGAUGGGGGCGUGAUGAUUUGUGAUGUGUGUGACGAGAGUGAGCCCGAGUCCCGCGCGGUUUGCAGGUGUCGCGAGUGCGCGCUUUACUUGUGCGGUAUUCACGAGGAGGGGCACAAGCGGGACAAGCACAUGAAGGACCACGCCCUUCUCUCGACAGAAAAUCUUCGAUCUGUAUCCAUCAAGGAGCUCUACCGCCCAGCCUUCUGCGAGUUCCAUCCCUCCGAGAAACUCAUGCUAUUCUGUGACACUUGUAACAAGAACCUGUGUAGAAACUGUGCCCUUCAGGAUCCCCACAGGGGACAUCAGUGUCACUUUGUAAACGAGGCAUUUUCGAGAGUACACCCGCGUUUGUCCAACCUAUUGCUAGAGACAAAACAGCUGUACGCGCGAGUGGAGGACGCGCUCCCCGUAAUAGAGAGUAUGAUGACACGCGUGGACCGCGCGGCAAACACCGCUCGACACGAUCUCGACGCGAGUAUAGACGAGCAGAUACGCGCGCUAGAGACACGCAGAGAGUAUCUUCGCGAGCGUGUAGAGGCGGUGCGUGUGAUGAGAAACACGUCUCUUGGUGUACAGAGGGAGAAUAUGAGACGCGCGAGAGACAGACUGAGGGACUCGUGUCGAGUUGCUAGAACCGUAUUGGAUCAAGCCGAUCCAGUCUACCUCCUUUCAAUAAAGGACGUCAUUGCUGAUAGACUGAGGGACCUAAUGAAUGAAAGUUACGAAUUUUACCCACGCGAAGAUCACCAGCUGCUCUACACAGCAGAUGAAAGCGAUAUCACUAGCGCGAUACAAGACUACGGACAUCUAGAGACGGGCUACGCUUGUCAUGUGACGUCUAGCGCCGAGGGGGAGGGGCUACAUACCGCGCAGACCAAACGAGAGGCAGUUUUCACCGUCACGGCAAGGUACAGAGAUGGGCGUACGUUCAGCUGCAAAGACACGGAUCUCCAGAUUGAUAUAACAAACCCACGCGGCGAGCGGAUCGAGGCUGGUAUCACAGAAAAACAACAAGGAAGAUACCAUGUGACCUACACGCCAACGCUAGUAGGCCAGUACCAAAUAGCCGCCAAUAUCAGGUCAUUUCCGGUCAGCGGUAGCCCAUUUACAAUAAAUGUCCCGUAUGAUAAAGCACGUGACUACUCGCAACUCGAUAUCCCCCAAUUGACGUUCGGGACGUCGGGAUCUAACAGCGGACAGUUUAAAAGUGUUCGCGGGAUAACCGUUGACUUAACCAAUCGUAUCAUUGUCAGCGAUCGGGAUAACGCUAGAGUCCAAGUUUUUGACGCCUCCGGGAACUUUUUAUUUCAAUUUGGCCGCAAGGGGGGUGCAGCGAGUGAGUUCAAGUGCGGCCCUUGCGAUGUAGCUGUGGAUAGCGCUGGUCGUGUCAUAGCGUGUGACUGGAGUGGUGAUGGAGUACUGGUGUUUGAUUCUCGCGGCAAUUUCGUGGGUCGGUUGAGGCCGUUCGAGGAGGGAGAUGGUUUGGGCCAGUUCUGCCGACUUGCUGUGGAUCACCACGAUAGGGUGUUAGUGUCGGAUUACCAUAAUCGCAAGGUGCAUGUUUUCGCAAGGGAUGAUGGGAGUCAAGUCACGUGCUAUACAGCGGUUACUGAUGAAGGGAAUGGUCUCCUUAACGCACCGAGUGGCAUCACGGUCAACUCUAAAGGGGAGGUCAUCGUCGCAUUGGCCAACAGUGGCGUGCUCCAAGUCCUCGACUCCGACAUGAACUUGAUCAGACAAUUCGCAAUCAACGAGAAAGGAAAUAACGGUAACCUGUUUACUACUGAUGCGCUUGCAUGUGAUGCUAGCGAUAACAUUCUUGCUAUUGACGGCUACAAUGACUACAUACUGGUGCUAGGCCAAGAUGGAAGCGUCCUGGCGAGAUGUGCCAUGGGCAACUUGAAUAGUCCGUGUGGGAUAGCUGUGGACGCUAUGGGCAGAGUUGUGAUUAGUGACGCUUCUGAAAAUGUCAAGAUUUUCUGAUUCAUUUUAAGGGGUGCUGCUGAGCCCGCUGUGUCACUGUGUCAGAGACCUCAUUUCAGAAGCAAAUUACCCACUUAUGAAUCUUGUGAGAUUCAACCCGGCUUAGCCGAGGCUUCAAUUAUCUAGCUAUCAAAUAAAACAUGGUUAAUCAUACUUUCCAAAGCAAUCAGGGCUUAAAUAAACCGUCAAGGAAGUCAAA